GACACGCCCCCUGUUUGUCCCUGUUCUGAAGCACCAGGAAGUGAGUGUCGAGCAUGCUCUGAAAGCACACUGCAAAUGAAAGCAAUGAGAUUUCUGGUGGAACUAUUUACUUUAGAGCUCCAACUGUGACAAGAAUAUAUCAAGUAAAAUGGACUUUGGUGACACCCGAUACCUCUCAGAGCUGAGGAUUGUGUUAUUGGGGAGUAAAAGAGCUGGUAAGAGUUCAGCAGGAAACAGCAUCCUGGGCAGAGAGGAGUUUGACUUGAAGAGAUCUGCUCAGUGUGUGAGGAGACAUGGAGAAGCAGCAGACAGACACCUCACUGUCAUCGAAGCUCCAGGAUGGUGGAGGACUUACACUGUAGAGCAGAGUCCUGAGCUACUGAAGCAGGAGAUUGUGCUCAGUGUGUCUCUGUGUCCUCCAGGACCACACGCUGUACUACUGAUCAUACGUGUGGAUAAUACAUUUAAAGAGACUUACAGAAAAGCAUUCCAGGGGCAUCUGGAGCUUUUUGGCGAGAGAGUCUGGAGUCACGCUAUAGUGCUGUUCACUUAUGGAGACUCUCUGUCAGACACCUCUAUAGAGCAGUACAUUGAGAGCGAAGGCCAGGAUCUCCGGUGGUUGGUGGACAGAUGUGGGAACAGGUAUCAUGUUCUCAACAAUAAGAACAGGAGAGACCACACUCAGAUCAAGGAGCUGCUGGAGAAGAUCGAGGAGACCGUGGCACAAAACAAAGGCUGCCAUUUUGAAAUAGAUGGAAGGAUUUUACAGGAGAUGAAAAAGAGACGAAGAGAAGUGGAAGAGAGAGCAAACGAACGAAUGAGGAGAAUGCAGAAACAGAGAGACGACAUCAGAUCUCAGAUGAUGAGAAGAGCUGAUAAGUCAAACACAUGGUCUUUGGGAAGUUCUGCUUACAGUACAGGAGCAGCCAGCAGAUCAUAUUCACCCUUCAGCUUUGUGGAUGGUUCAGAUCUCGAGAGAUGUAAGAGCAUGGAAGUACCGUCACCUUUUAUGAGUGGAGAUGAGCGGUCUGAUACAAUGUUCGUGAGAAGCUCUGCUUACAGUUCAAACAUGUCAGAGGCAGACGAAGACAGCAGUUAAAGACCUCAUGGAUGUUAUCUGACAUGCCUGUUGUCAGUGCAGGAACAUUAAGUUCAAACUGUUGCAAACACAACAGUUUACUUUAUCAGCAAAUACUGCUUUAUAUUAUAUCAUAUAUGUGAAUCAAAAUGGUGUCAGCGCAACAUAAAAAAAUUACAAAUUCCUUAUCUGAGCUUCAGGUUUUUUUGCCGUUAGAAACCAUCCGUGCAUGUGACGGGGACCGAAAAGCAUUGUCAUCUUUUGGAUGCAGAUGUUAUUACGAUUACUCUGAAAUUCCUUCAAAUCUGAGAUAAAAUAUAAAUGGACUCUGGUAGGUCUUAAUUAAAAAAAAAAGAAAAAGAAAUUACAAAAUUUAAAUGGAUGCUAAAUAUAUAAUUACAUUUUAUGUCAUAUUAUAAUGUUUUCUUUAAAUACAAAUCUCUAUUUUUAUGUUAGUGAUUAUUUUUGUACUAGUAAUCCAAGUGUCUAUUAUCUUUUAAAUUUCACUAUAAAUACUCAUUAGACACAGAUUCAUGGUUUCUGUCCCUGGAGUGACGAAUGAAUCAAUGAAUCAUUCACAUAUAUCUUUACUUACAUAUGUCAGUUUUACUAACUAUUUUGUUGUUCUUACAAAAAACCUUAAAAUGGCUUUCCUGACUAUAUCCUUUAAUGCUUUAUUAUGUAUCUGUAGAAGCUUUGAGACCUCUCCUGAAUCAUUCAAUAUAUAUGCAAUUUAAACUCAUCAGGACUAGCUGCUGAAAGACUGUGUUCUAUGAAAGUCUACUAAAUCUGAUUACCAGCUAUGCUUGAUUUAUUUGUUUUCAGGCUCUUUGGGUAUAGGAACAAUGUGAGUAAAUGUUGAUUUUUUCUAUUAAAUAAAUGGAAUAAUUAAUUCAAAACCCUGUUUUCCCAGGUUUCCACUGAAAUUAUAUAUAUGGUUGUGGUCAGAAUUAUUGGCACC